AGUGGGAUACUUACUAAAAUGAAGCUUGACGAUUCAAAAGUUGAUUCUCCUAAUAUGGAUGUUGAUUCCAUUGAAGCCGUGAUAAGGGAAUUAAAACCGUCUUUGCUUAAGACGUAUGAAGAUAAACAUGAUAAACAUAUAGAGGAAUUUAUGACUGUGGGACCUACAGAAACCACCAAACUUUUGUUGCAAAUGAGCAUUCUGAUUUUUGAUUUCUCACUGAUCCAUUCUGACAUUGAUAAAUUAUCCUUCCAUGAAAAAGGAAAGCACAGAGAUCUUACCCGGGAUGAGUUAAUGCAAUUCUUAAAAAAGUGCAUGGCAGAAAAGUACAGUGAUAAAUGCAUGAUAGCUUUUUUGAAUAUGAUGACUGUGACUAUAUACCCAAAGGAGAUUGUAGAAAUUAUCAAAUUUUAUUCUGAAUUUUCCAACGUGUCCAUUCAAAAGAGAAGAUUGAAUGCCUUCAUGAAAACAGAUAGAAGCAUGCAUUCUUUAAAAUAUACAGAGAUGACUUUAAUUCAAUUAAACGUGAAAGAAGAUUGUGGAAAUUUGCAAAUUCCAGUCUCAAGUAUUUUUGAUGAUGCAAAAAAAUCUAUAUCUAAAAAUGCUACAGCUGCAGAGUCUAAAUAUCUUUUGAAGUUGGAAAAAAUGCAAAAAAUUGACUAUAUGUGUAAGGCUAGGAAAUCUAAUACAAAAGAAUCAAAAUCUCUAGGUAUAAAAACUGGGAAAGCAAAUGCUAAAACAGGUUAUUUGAAACAUGACAAUAAAACAAUAGAGAAAGAAAAAAGCUCAGAAACAAUAAGUUUACGUAAAUUUAAAACAGAUUUAAGUGGUGAAGAGAAUUGGCCAAUGAAAUCAAUCCGCAAAGUACCUAGAUCUGCAGUUCCACCUUUGCAUAGAAGACCUUUAUUUUCUAUACUUGAAAGCAAAAGCUCAUUGAGAGAUGAGCUUGGAAUACAAUUCACAAAUGAUGAGGUUAUGUUACCAUUUCUUACUGUAGCUUUAAAUGAAGUUAUUCACAAGAAGCAUCAUCUUCGAGUGAAACUGCUGCCCAAUUCCAAACCACUGCCCAGACAUGUUACUAUGCCAGAGGAUAUUGUGACAUUUGAACCUCUGUCCAUGUUUAGAUAUUUUGGGAUAUCCACAACAAUUAUGGCAUAUCCUUUUAUUCAUGAAGUAAAUGGGAUGAUGGAAAACCACUUCAAUCGGCUGGCUUCAUUUAAGGACUGGCCACUGAGUGCUCCAGUGUCUGCACUGCGGUUAGUUGACUCUGGCUUUUACUUUGAUGUUCAGAGAUCUUCUGUGGCAUGUUAUGACUGUAAGCUUCACAUUGAAACUAGAGAACUAAGUUCUCUCCUUGGAGGUGAUACUGUUCUGAACAUGCAUUUGAGAUUGUCAGAAAACUGUUCUCAUGCUCUUCAACAGAAGAAAGAUAAGGAAGGUGUAGGAAAUUUUGUUUUACCAUUUCAUAAGCCAAAAAGUGAAAUGAACAGUGGUAUCUUCAGUUCCAAUUUCCAUGGUGCUCUACAGAUGGAGAAUAGCAACCCAGUCCCUGAAUUGUCAAAUUUAGGAAUAAGUGAGAAAAAUGGAUCAAAUACUAGUACCAGCAAUAUUUUUCAACCAUACAUUGGAGCAUCUAGUGAAAAUAUCAAUGUGCAACAGCAAGACAAAAUAUCUAACAUAACAAGGGAUUUCUUGUUCAAUAAAGAUGAAGAAACUUAUCUUAAAUAUGACAGUGGAUACAACUCGCAGAAAGGUAUUUCUCGUCCAACAGAGAAUGUGUCGGAUGCAAGAGGACUUCCGAUUCAGACAGAGAGCACAGAUUCCUUAAGCUACUUGACAAUGCUUGGUGAGCCCCACCUUCAGCCUCAUUCAAUGUUUGGAGGAGACACCAUUGCUGCUACUGCAGAAUCAGAGGAGAUGGAAAGUGCCCCAUCUCCAGGAAUACCAAUCCAUGACACAAAUGAAAUAAAGAAAUCUUCGACAAAUGCAUCCUUAUUUGAUUCCAUAGCGGCAGAAGAAGAACCUUCUUACUCAAUGAGGCAUCCAGAUUACAAAACUGUAGAAUCCAGAUUGAAAACCUUUGUAUUCUGGCCCUUCAAUGAUAAACAGAAUAAGGUCUUGUUGGUGCAGUGUGGGUUCUUCUUCACUGGUCAGCAGGACAUUGUAAGGUGCUUUGCCUGUGAUAUUGGCCUUGCUGAGUGGGACGAAACAGAUGACCCAUGGUCAGAGCACGCCAGACACUCCCCACACUGUAAAUAUCUCAAAAAAAUGAAAGGACAGGACUUCAUUAAUCAUGUGCAGCAAGAAUGGAGAAAAAUAUAUAAUCCUAAAACGCCUCAGAUGCAAGAUUUUAACAGACGACUAGAAUCCUUCCAAACAGAGAAAUGGCCUUCGUCUAUUACCCAGACUCCAAAACAAAUUGCUGAAGCUGGAUUUUACUUCACAGGUGAGGAGGAUGCCGUCCGAUGUCAUUAUUGUGAUGGGGGAUUACGGGAGUGGGAACCAGGUGAUGACCCUUGGACUGAGCAUGCUCGAUGGUUUCCAUUCUGUAAGUUUGUUAUGAAGAUCAAAGGAAUACAAUUCAUUGAUGAAAUUCAACAGAAAUAUGGGAUGGGAGCAGGCAAUUUGGAUUCCUUGUCACAGUCAGGAUCUAACACUGCUGGUCCUGGAAAGCCCAGUGAAGAGGACAACAACCCUAUUUGCUCACAAGCUGCCAGGAGUCUUAUCAGCAUGGGGUAUUCUAGGGUCAAAGUUCAACAUGUCAUUGACAGAUUUGUUGCAGAAAAAGGACACAAUGACUAUACUACCAGUAAUCUUUUGGACUUAUUGUUGGAAAUGGAGGAUAAAGGAGAAACAUUUCCUCCUGAACCAACUGUCCAGCCACAGUCCAAGCCUACCUCUCAAGGCUUAGGGAACAUAGCAUCAUUUACAGAAACUUCAGAAAGUGAACAAGAAUUAGAUCCAGAAAUCAUUGAAGAAGAAAACCAGAGACUGAAGAAACAGUUACUGUGUGUUAAAUGUGAGAAGUCAGAGCGAGUCAUUGUGUUCACUCCCUGUGGUCACAGGCUAGUCUGUAAACCCUGCUCUGAUCCAAUGAAGAAAUGCAUCAAAUGCAAGAAAAAAAUACAAAAGAAAGUCAAAACAUUCCUAUGCUAACCAGAAUUUAGGCCAUUCCAUGUAGAAAUAUCCUUUAUAAUUGUUAUACAUUAUUAAUAUAAUUAUUAUACAUCUGUUGCGAAAAUAUUUAAACAAGCUAUAUACACUUGCACAUGUAUUACACAUGUAAAGGAUAUUUUGGCAUGGGGUGGCCUAAAAAGGAUUUCUAAGCACACUUCAUUGAAAGUGCACUGAGCACUGAAUCACAAGCUCUUGCAAAACUUUUUCUCAGUUUACACCCCCUCAACAGUAGACUGAGAAGUUCAUAGCCCCAAGAGGUGUCUCAUAGAGUCAAAGCUGCAAUAAUGUAGCCCUCAACGAUCUUUUUUUAAUCUGUUGUUUCCUCUCCCAAAUUAAAAAAAAGGGAGAGGACUACAUUAUAAUUGCAGCUAAUAGAGUCAAUGUGCCAACAAAGAUCUAGAGUCAUGAUAUCAGAAGUCGGAAGUUCAAUCGGUAGGAGAUUUAAACAAAAAUGUCAAAAUUUGAUUUGUUAUUGCAAGAAACAUUAAAGUUCAAUGAUGAGAACAUUAAGAAAUGGAAAAAAAGUUAGAAUCAGCUUGGUAAGUCUGAAGUUCAGAAAAAGUUUGUAGUGUAUACAUGUAUAUAGUUAUAAAACAUUAAAGAGGCUGGCAGCCAGAGCAUCAGUCAGACUAGAUAUAUAAAAGUUGCUUUAACUGAUUCAUGCAAUAUGAAAGAUGGUAAAAGCAGGCUUAUUAAUGAUUAACCAUUUUGGUUUUGGAGACAUCCCUGAGAUUUCUAUGAGCUUAAAUUUCUAUUUAUAUAAAUGAGAAAUAGAAGAACAUUUUGUAAAAUAAGAUGUCAGUUAUUACUCUAGAUGAUAACUAAAAUAUUGGAUCAAUUAAAAGACCAUAGGUAUGGUAAAAAAUUACAUUUUAAGACAUUUUACUAUUUACAGUAUCGAUGAGUUUUGUAAUAUGAAUCUUGUGUACGCUUAGGAAACAUAUUGCUUUAUAUUAAUUUUCUCGUAUUACACAUUUUCAUACAGUACUUUGGCAGUAUCUUGUACAUAAUUUGUAUUUGUCUUAGUUUUAGUGUAGAUUAACAUUUAGUCAAAUUAGAUUGGUUAGACUGUGAACUACCAGGAUGUUAUUUAUUUGUGGAGUUAUUGUUAUGUUGUGCAGUAGAUGUACUAAUUUCCUCAAUGGUGACUUGUUGUCAUGAGGUCAUAAAAAUGUGUCAAAAACUAUUUAAAAAACAAUAAAGAAAAAAUUACGAAAAAGAAUUGAAAUGUAAAAUAGAUAAUUUUUUAUAAAUUUACAUUUUUCUGUUGAUGGUGACUGGUCAACUUGUAUUACAGAUAAUUUGAAAAGUUAGCUGCCAGAGUGCUAAAUUUCUUCAUCAGAUCAUCAUUAAAGUUACAUUGUAUUUUUUAAAAAAAGGAAGUGCUUAUGGUAAGUGCAUGUUCAUGAAAUCAAUACUAAAAGUGUACAUAGGUGUAUGUUAUUCUGAAUAAGUAUUUGUUAUUGCCUAUAAAUUGUACACCUGUAUAUGUAUAAUGAGUGCAUACACAUGUAUAUAGCAAUUUAAAUUUUAAAGAUUUUUAGCUCUACUGGUCAGAGACCAGAAGAGCUUAUGCCAUAGUAAGGUGUCCGUCGUCCGUCCGUCUAGCUAUCCGUUUGUCUGUAAACAAUUUUUCGAAACACUACUCCUCCUACAGUUUUGGUCUGAUUUCAAUAUACAUGUAACUUGGCACACAAGUAGACUACACUAAGAUACAUAUAAUAGUGCAUCGGUUUUUGAUUUCGAUGAACGGUGUUGCCAUGGUUACUAAAAAUAGAAUUUUCUGUGAAAUUCCUUUAAAAUGCUACUCCUCUUACAGUUUUGAUCUGAUUUCAAUAUAACUUGGCACACAAGUAGGCUACACCAAGAUACAUAUAAUAGUUCAUCGGUUUUUGAUUUCGAUGAAUGGUGUUGCCAUGGUUACUAAAAAUAGAAAUUUCUGUGAAAUUCUUUCAAAAUGCUACACCUCCUACAGUUUUGGUCUGAUUUCAAUAUAACUUGGCACACAAGUAGACUACACCAAGAUACAUAUAAUAGUGCAUCGGUUUUUAAUUUCGAUGAACGAUAUUGCCAUGGUUACUUAAAAUAGAAUUUUCUGUGAAAUUCAAUUAAAACGCUACUCCUUCUACAGUUUUGGUCUGAUUUCAAUAUUACUUGACAAACAAGUAGACUACUCUAAGAUACAUAAUACAGUGCAUCGAUUUCGAUGAACCUUGUUGCCUUGGUUACUACAAAUAGAAUUUUCUGUAAAAUUCCUUUAAAACGCUACUCCUUCUAUAGUUUUGGUCUUAUGGCCAUGGCUUCUUUUCUCAUCCUUUGUUAUAAGUACAAACCAGUAGAGCUACAGUCUCGACAGAGACUUCUGGUUUUAGUGCGAAUCUACAUGCACAUAUUUUAUGUACCUAAACAUGUAUACUGAAAGGAAAAAGAAACGCAUAAUAAACUUUUGAAUAAAAUUAAAACUUUUAUUUCCAGUAUGUUUUCCAGUAUUGUUAUCAAACAAUUUUAUCGAACUUUAAACAACAAGUAAGGGAAAUCUUGUGUGACUUUGACUUAUAAUUCCUGAGUUAUUGAAAUUGAUAUGUCGAUACCCCCAAAAUUAAAAUAAAAAUUCUCAUCAUCUCCCUUGCGCAUCUGUAACAGCCUUGAUUUUCUUGUGCAUUGAGUUCACCAGAGCAUUUAUCUUUCUCAUAGGAUUAUCAUUCAAGCCUUCCGACGAUAGUCUUAGUGGUUGAGAGUAGCUGUGUUAUUCCAAAGCCAACAAAUCCCCCCGUCCAAUGAAUCCCACGAAUUUUCGAUUUAGGAUAGAAUUUACAGAAUCUAGCUGAUUUGGUACAUGUGAAUGUUUGUAUGGAAGUCUCGACAAACACUGGCUACAUUUUCUCAGCGUGAACAUGCUAAAAACGUUACGCAUACCACGCGUACGUGCGCGUGUGAGAGUAAAAUCGACGUAAAGUUGCCAAGCUUGCGUACCAAAUUAGAGCAGAGAGUUUCUGUCAGUAUUAGGGUGAAAAUAUGAGUAUGAUUGUCUGCUGUAAAAAUAUCGGUUUCAGUGAUAAUGACUUGAAAGUAACUGAGGUAGCAUGAUGAAAAGCACUAUCUUGAUGUGACGUUGUUACGCACCAACGUCACCGUCAUGUUUGGUUGGAAACCUUUUAAGUUACUCUCUGAUAACCGAAAAAACUUCUUUGGUUGAAAAUUUAAAAACAAACUGCACAGCAACAUGUUCUUGCCUUUUUAUUCACUUAUGGAACUCAAUUACUAGACACAAUGUAACUUCCGUCAGCCAUACCAUGAUUGCAAGAAAUUUAUACUGACUGCAAAUAUCGGAAAACGAUGUCUGUAACUCUAAUGCAUCUCUUGGCAUUACAAAUUUUGAUCAUGAUAUUGUCAUAAUCAACAUGCACGUGUAUUUGGCUUUUUAUCACUUCCCCAACGUGAUGCCAUACAUUUCAUGGUUGAGUAAUUUUGACCAGCGAUUUUAGUGCACAGUAACCAAAUUACACAUCUGACCAAUUUUCAUAAUUUUCGGCCACAUAGUUAAAUAUUUUUCGCUAUUAUGCUAUUAUGCGUUUCUUUUUCCUUUCAGUGUAUUCAAUGGAACUUCAUUAACUCAAACACUGAUACAUGUAUCUCAAAUACAAGGGACAAGUCAAAUUGUUUUCGGAGUUCAUCUAAUUGUUGGGCUUUUUAACGGAGUUUAUAAUCGAAUCUAGUCAGAUAUUUUGAGUUUCAUCUAGGUCCCAUUGAGAUAAAAUGAGGUUUGACUGUAUUGAUAUUCAUCAUUUUAAAAAAAAACUUUGUCAAUUAUUUUCUUUAAUACAUAAAUGGUUAGUUACAUGGAUAAUAUGCAUUUACAUGUUCAUGUUACAAAUUUUGUAACUCAUGUGAAACCUCUAUACAUCGUACAUAAUUUUUAAUCUAAUACUUUUACGUAUUUGCGUAUAUUUGAAUAUAAACUCUAUUCUCUGACAAACGAGAAGCUUCAAGGAUAGCUAAAUUUCACUCGAUACAAUUUUAUACACACAUGUAUAUUGAAGAUAUUAUUCUGUGAUUUGUGUCUGCAUAUUUCAAUGCAAUUAAUGUAUAUUUUUGAUUCAAUAUAAAUUGCUAAUUAUGAACUUGA